CCAAAACCACAAAAGCUGGACUUCUUCGUUUAGAAAUCCGAUCGCUCGCUCCUUCGCUCUUUCUGUUCUCUCUCUUUUCCUCUCCCAUGGCAGACGAAGCGAAGGCUAAGGGAAACGCGGCCUUCUCCGCCGGCCGUUUCGAAGAAGCAAUUCGCUAUUUCUCAGAAGCGAUAGAUCUUGCUCCUACCAACCAUGUGCUCUAUUCCAACCGCUCUGCUGCCUAUGCCUCUCUCCACCGCUACGCCGAGGCUCUCGCCGACGGCCGUAAGACAGUUGAGAUCAAGCCCGAUUGGUCGAAAGGGUACAGUCGCCUUGGUGCCGCUCAUCUUGGGCUUGGAAAUCAUGAAGAAGCAAUUGCCGCUUACCAGAAGGGCCUCGAUCUUGAUCCCAACAACGAGGCGCUCAAGUCGGGGAUCGCGGACGCUAGGGCGGCAGCCAACCGGUCUCGGAAACCUUCAGCAGCCUCUCCAUUCGCGAAUAUAUUUCAGGGCCCCGAGGUUUGGGCUAAGCUGACGGCUGAUCCAUCUACAAGAGCGUAUCUCCAGCAGCCAGAUUUCGUUAAGAUGCUCCAGGAAGUUCAGAAGAACCCUAAUAACCUCAAUCUGUAUCUUCAGGAUCAGAGGAUGAUGCAAGUGCUUGGAGUUUUGCUUAAUGUAAAGAUGCGGGAUUCUACGCGGGAUGAGAUGGAAAGUGACUUUCCUGAGCCUGAGAAGAAAAGGCCGCAGGCUGAGACAACAAAUAAGGCGCCACACAAAACUGAACCAGAACCGGAGCCGGAACCUAUGGAAUUCACGGAUGAAGUGAAAGAAGCUAAGCAAAGAAAGGCAGAAGCUCAAAAGGAGAAGGAAAAGGGAAAUACGGCCUACAAAAAGAAGGAUUUUGAGGAGGCGAUCAAUCAUUAUACGAAAGCAAUUGAGCUGGAUGAUGAGGACAUCUCUUUUCUCACUAAUAGGGCUGCUGUUUAUUUGGAGAUGGGGAAGUAUGAAGACUGUAUAGCUGACUGUGACAAAGCUGUUGAGAGGGGCCGUGAACUUCACUCUGACUUUAAGAUGAUUGCAAGGGCAUUGACGAGGAAGGGAUCUGCACUUGUUAAAGUGGCAAAGUGUUCCAAGGAUUAUGAACCUGCUAUUGAGACCUUCCAGAAAGCCUUGACUGAGCAUCGUAACCCAGAUACAUUGAAAAAAUUGAAUGAUGCAGAGAGGGCUAAGAAAGAAGCUGAACAACAAGAAUAUUAUGACCCAAAAAUAGCUGAUGAGGAGAGAGAAAAAGGUAAUGAGUUUUUCAAAGAGCAGAAGUAUCCAGAAGCAGUGAAACAUUAUACAGAGGCAAUCAAAAGAAAUCCACUUGACCCUAAAACUUACAGCAAUCGGGCGGCCUGCUACACAAAGUUGGGGGCUUUGCCUGAGGGAUUAAAGGAUGCAGAAAAGUGCAUUGAAUUGGAUCCAUCAUUUUCUAAGGGUUAUACUAGGAAAGGUGCCGUUCAGUUCUUUAUGAAAGAAUAUGACAAGGCAUUGGAAACAUAUCAGGAAGGCCUGAAGCAUGACCCUAAAAAUCACGAACUUAUUGAUGGCGUGCGGAGGUGCGUCGAGCAAAUCAAUAGGACAAACAGGGGUGAUAUUAGCCCAGAGGAGUUAAAGGAAAGACAGGCUAAAGCAAUGCAGGAUCCUGAGAUACAGAACAUCUUAUCUGAUCCCAUAAUGCGUCAGGUGUUGGUUGACUUGCAAGAAAACCCGAGGGCUUCACAGGAGCACCUGAAGAACCCUCAAGUUAUGAAUAAGAUUCAGAAGCUUAUUAGUGCGGGAAUUGUUCAGAUGAGAUAAAAGAGGUGAUUGAUGCUUGCUAAUGCGAGUUUAUUGGAGCCCAUGAUUUAGUUCUGAACUGCUUUCCUUUUUCCUAAAUGAUUUAUGAGUGCUUAUUAAACUUGUUUUUAUUGAACCACCCUGUUCAGGCUCUCAGUUUCCUUUUUCUUCAAACUUUGUUGUAUUUAAUCAUUAAACGGGCUUUGGGAAAGGCUCAUGAACGUUUCUUAAUGUUUUCUUUUUUAGCAGUAAAGCUCAAAAAUUCUGAAUGUGAA